GAAAAAGGAAAAAAAAAAUUAUCGAGGAAAAGAAAGCAAAACAGAACAGAGCUUGUGGGGGUGGCUGGUGGGGGCUCCACGCUCCAGCUAGGAAAAAGAAAGAAAAGAGGAAGAAAAUCUCUGGAAAAUUUUGUAAGAAAGGAAAAGAAAAUUAGCAAGACAAGGUUGAUCCCACAAAGAAAAAGAAGCUUGAAGCCCCCCCAUUGCUGACAGAGAGAGCUAAGAUGGUCGAAGAGAGGGAAGUACUGCUCUGAGAUCAUCCAGUAAAAAAGGGCAGUAAUAGAAAAAAAUUCCUGGGUUUUGUUUCUAAUUUGUUGUUUUAAAUUCCAAACCUUUUUACAUAUUUUUUUCUUUGCUGCCUUUUUGAGUCUCUAUCAGAAACUUCCUCUCCACCACCACCACCCCCACACCUAGCAACAAACUACUCUUUUGUACUUUUCAUUAAUUCAGCCAAAAUCCCAAUAUUACCAUCGCAGCAACAGCAUCAAAGAAAGCGAAAAAAAGUUUUGAUCUUGUGCACCCUUUAUGCUUCUCUGGAGAUAGUAAGGAGAAGUUAAGUUUCAGCGGUUGAUAAUUUGCAUGCACUUCUUAAGAAAAAGGGUGUUGUAAGAUCAAUUUUUUUUUAAAAAAAAAUGAGAGACCCUGAUAUGAUCAUUACUAAAGGUGGUGAAUUUACGUUUAUUUGUGAUAUAGCUUUUGCAUUGUAGUAAAAAAACAAAGAUUGUCUUCUUUCACGGUUUCUUGUAAAACAAAAGGAGCGUAGAGAUUUUUUCUCUUUUCUUUUCUGUUGUUGGUGGUAUUGUUUCGUUUCUGGAGUGAGUUUGGAGGAGAGGGUGCUUUGUUUAAGGAAACCUGGCGAUUCUGUAUAGCGUCCUGGCUGUUGGCAGAUAUUGUUGCUACCUCCACCUCUGCAGCAUUUGGUUUCUCAAGCAAUGGGGGGUAGAUGGAACCCAAUUGGAUUCCAUUUGUUAAGCUUCUUGUUCUUCAUUCCAAGUUUCAUGAUUCAAGGGUCUUUGGCCAUUAACUCUGAUGGUUUGGCUUUGUUAGAAUUUCGAGCGAAAAUUGAUUCUGAUCCUUAUGGUGCGUUUGAAAAUUGGAAUUCCAAUGACAGCACACCCUGCAUGUGGUUCGGGGUUCAUUGUGUCGACAGUCAAGUGCAAAUGCUGGAUUUGAGUGCCCUUUCUUUGGAAGGAACACUGGCACUCGAGCUGGGGAAAUUAAGUGACUUAAGAUCACUUGUGCUCUAUAAAAACCGUUUCUCUGGUGCCAUUCCAAAGGAGUUUGGCACACUUACAAAGCUGGAGCUAUUGGAUUUAAGGGAAAAUAACUUGAGUGGAACAAUUCCUGCAGAAAUAGGCAGAAUGCUGUCUCUAAGACGUUUGUUACUUUGUGGCAACAAAUUUGAGGGGAGCAUUCCUUCAGAUCUUGGGAGGCUAAACUUGCUCUCUGAUUUGCAGUUUGAUGAAAAUCUUACACUGAUGUCGGCUACUGGAAUUGGCUGUGUAAAUAGAAAGUUUGGACUUUGCAUCUGGCAGAGCAGUUUGAAACAACUGAACCAGGCAGAGUCAUUGUUAAUCCCAAUUAAAGGAGCUCUUAUACAUUACCUCAAUGCCUUGCCAUUACCACUGUUCAAGUUGCAAAAGGACUCUCUGGAUGCCCAUCAAGACAGUUGCUGCAGUGAUUUGCCUGGUUCAUCUGAGCAACAAAUGGCCCAUAACAUAAGGAAUCUUGUCCCGUUUGCACGGCGUAGGCUGCUUGAGCAGUCAAAGAACCUCCCAGCUGCACCUGCUGCUGCUGUGUCUUCCACUGAACAGAUCAUUUCUCUCCCAACUACCAGAAGUAGUGGGACUUUCCCUGCUGUGCCAAAGGAAACAACAAAACAAUCUCAUGCCCCGGCCCCACAGCUUGAUCCUUCCCUUCAGGGGACUGAUUCAAAGCCUGUGGACCACUCAUCCCAAACCUCUAAUGCUGAGCCAACUGCUCAACAACCUUCAGCUUCUGGGAAUAUAUGGAAAUAUCUCAUUGUCAUUCCCUGUGUGGUAGUCUUGGUUGUGGUUGUGGCCAUGGUUAUCAUGUGCCGGAAACGAGCAGCAAAAACCAUUGGUCCCUGGAAAACUGGACUAAGCGGACAGCUGCAGAAAGCUUUUAUAACAGGGGUGCCUAAGCUAAACCGAUCAGAACUGGAAACAGCCUGUGAGGAUUUUAGCAAUAUAAUUGACACAAUUGGGUGCUGUACAGUGUACAAAGGGACACUUUCCAGCGGGGUUGAGAUUGCUGUUGCAUCAAUCAACGUUUCAUCUUUGAAAGAGUGGCCAAAAAGCUCGGAGAUGGCCUAUCGGAGAAAGAUUGAUACGUUGUCACGAGUUAACCAUAAGAACUUUGUCAACCUUAUUGGCUACUGCGAGGAGGAUGAACCUUUCAACAGGAUGAUGGUGUUCGAAUAUGCUCCAAAUGGAACCCUUUUUGAGCAUCUGCAUGUUAAAGAAAUGGAGCAUCUUGAUUGGAAUACAAGGACGAGAAUCAUCAUGGGUGUAGCUUAUUGUCUUCAGUAUAUGCACCAUGAUCUGAAUCCUCCCGUAGCACAUACAAACUUAAAUUCAGCUGCUAUCUUUCUAACAGAUGAUUAUGCUGCUAAGGUUGCGGAAAUCUGUAGUUCGCAGCCUGCACUUAAGUCGAAAACCUCAGGUGAUGCUGAAUCAGAGCAUUCUGAAUUGCCACCUUUUGCCGACCCUGAAGUGAAUGUCUACAGUUUUGGAAUAUUGUUACUCGAAAUCAUUUCCGGAAAGCUUCCUUACUCGGAAGAGCAAGGGCCUCUUGAGAAAUGGGCUGCUCAAUAUUUGAAUGAUAAACGGAGCAUCAGCUACAUGAUUGAUCCAACCCUCAAAUCUUUCAAAAAUAACGAGCUUGAUGUAAUCUGUGAGGUUAUACAAGAGUGCAUCCAAGUAGAUCCAAGGCAAAGACCAACGAUGAAGGACGUGACUUCGAAAUUGAGGGAAGUGAUUAAUGUCCCACCUGAGCAAGCUACCCCAAGACUUUCCCCCUUGUGGUGGGCUGAACUUGAGAUUUUAUCAGUGGGCUGAACUUCUCUGUGUUGUAAGUCAAAGUCUCUCUCUUACUUUGUAUCAAAAUGCAAAGGAAUAGUUUUUUCCUUAUGAUUGGUUUCCAAAUCACUUCUUUUUUGGUCA